AAUAUCACAACAUGGCUAUCAUUAGUCAUAGCCGUCAUCGCCCUAGCAACACCAGCACGAUCGGCCGAGCCUCGAGUGGUGUGUUACUACACCAACUGGUCGGUGUACCGGCCCGGCACGGCGCGGUUCAACCCUCAGAACAUCAACCCCUAUCUCUGCACCCAUCUGGUCUACGCCUUUGGGGGUUUCACCAAGGACAACACACUCAAACCCUUCGAUAAGUACCAGGAUAUUGAGAAAGGUGGCUACGCCAAGUUCACUGGCCUGAAAACGUACAACAAGAACCUGAAGACCCUUUUGGCCAUUGGAGGCUGGAAUGAAGGCUCCACGCGCUUCUCACCCAUGGUGGCUUCCCGCGAGCGGAGGAAGGAAUUCGUCAGGAACGCCAUUAAGUUCCUCAGGCAGAACCACUUCGACGGUCUGGACCUGGAUUGGGAGUACCCAGCCUUCCGCGACGGAGGCAAGCCGAAAGACAGGGAGAACUACGCCAAGCUCGUGAAGGAAUUACGUGAGGAGUUCGAGAAGGAAUCUCAGAAGACUGGCAAACCUCGUCUGCUGUUGACCAUGGCGGUGCCGGCUGGUAUCGAGUACAUACAGAAGGGAUUCGACGUGCAGACUCUUAACCAAUACCUGGACUGGAUGAACCUGCUGACGUACGACUACCACUCGGCCUUUGAACCGGCAGUCAACCACCACGCGCCGCUCUACCCGCUCGAGGAGCCCAAUGAGUACAGCGUUGAUAACGAGCUUAACAUCGACUACACAAUCAAAUUCUACCUCGAGAACGGAGCGGACCGCGACAAGUUGGUGCUUGGCAUCCCGACUUAUGGACGGUCGUACACGCUAUUCAACCCUGAUGCUGUGGAGAUUGGAGCGCCCGCUGACGGCCCGGGAGAGCAAGGAGACGCCACUAGGGAGAAGGGAUACUUGGCUUAUUACGAGAUCUGCGAAGCCCUCAAGUCUAAACCGAACAAAAAGCGGAGCACAUCUGACGAGGAAUCUGAGGAAUAUUCGGAUGAAGAGGAGGAGGACUGGACUGUGAUGCACCCGAACCCCAAAGCCAUGGGCCCCGUGGCCUACAAGGGCAACCAGUGGGUCGGCUAUGAUGACAUCGAUAUUGUGAAGAAGAAGGCCGAGUAUGUCGCUGAGAAUGGACUUGGAGGUAUUAUGUUCUGGUCGAUCGACAACGACGAUUUCCGCGGCAACUGCCACGACAAGCCCUACCCGCUCAUCGAAGCUGCGAAGGAGGCGUACAUUGUUAAACUUGGUGCGACGGACAACUCCAUCGUGACGGACCGCCCGCAGUCGGUCACUCGCGCCAGCAGCAGAAGGAGGAACCGGCCUCGCGUCACCAGCACCACCACCACCACCACCGCCAGACCUUCUUCUUCCAGGACCAAGAGCAGCAAACGCAAGCCCUCACCAAGUGUUGUGAGCACGACACCCACCUGGAACAUCGCCACCCCUGAGCCGCCCACCACGCCCGAUCCUGGAGCAGACUUCAAGUGCACAGACGAAGGUUUCUUCCAACACCCGCGCGACUGCAAGAAGUACUUCUGGUGUUUGGACUCCGGACCCUCGAACCUAGGCAUCGUGGCCCAUCAGUUCACUUGCCCUUCUGGUCUAUUCUUCAACAAGGCCGCCGACUCGUGCGACUUCGCCCGCAACGUGCUCUGCAAGAAGCCAGCGGCCACCACCAAGGCACCCGCCACCAAGGCCCCGUCCACCACCACCACCACAGCCGCCCCCUCCACCACGAGGAAACCCAUCAAGCUUAGUACCAGGAACUCGCUCCUGUUCAGGACUACUACCACGACCACUACUACUCCUGAGCCUGAGAGUGAAGAAGAAUACGAAGAAGAUGUCGCAGAAGAUAACGCUGACAUUGAGGCUGAAGACCCGAGGGUUAUCAAGGAGUUGAUUGACUUGAUUAAGAAAGUUGGUGGAGUGGAACAACUAGAGAAGCACUUACAUUUCGGAGAGACGUCCGCCAGUACCGACGGUGCGAUCACCACCACGCCAUCCUCCUUCAACAAGAAGCUCUACCAGAAAGUCUUAGAGAGAACGAGGGGCAAGAGCAAGUUUGGUAGCAACAGUAUAUCCGAUUCUGGAACAGCCCAAAACAGCCGAAGAGGACCUCAGAAUGCUGGUUUGGAACCGACAGCCGACAAAGAUAAGCUAUUGAGAAAAGAUCGUCCACAAUAUACAACAAUCAACCGGUCGCGGCCACCAACAACAGCAGCCCCAGAGCCUCAAGAGGACAGUGACGAGAGCGAAGAUGAAAUCGAAGAGCCACCACAGCAGCUGUCUCGAGCCCGUACAGUGGAGGAAGACAUAUAUGUGAAAACUUCUGCGAAGCCGCUUCAAUAUGUUAAUAUCCGUCGAGCGAGGCCUACAACAACAUCAACUUCCGACACCGCUGAUGAUACUGCUUCAAGAAACGCACUGUUUGAACGAGUAGAGAAUUAUGUCUCGGUUUCCGAGACACCAAACACACUGGAUAUCCUGAGCGCGAGACGAGAAAAUGUACCUGAGUAUGUCACUAUUAGAAGGCAAAGACCGACAACAGAAGAAACUACCACUGCACAGUACGAGAAUACUCAGCAAGAGGUAGAAACUCAGAACACUGCGCUUGAAAGAGAAAUCUCGACUCAGCCUCAGUACACGUCAAUCGUGAGAGUACGCUCCACUACUGAAGCUACCAUCGAAGAACCGAGCAGUCCUGAACCUACCACUAUACUUGCCGUCCAAAUAUCUUCCCUACUAAACUCGCCCAGUUCAGCUGAAGAUGAACUGGAAACUUCUCCUGCCGAUGAAGAGAUUACGGAAGCUGCUACGACUACAACGACCACGACUUCAAGACCUACUACUACUACGACUUCAGCGCCCUCUAGCGCACCAACCCGGCGCACAGUUCUUCGCAGACGAGGCUCCACCUCAACCACCACCACCACGCCAGCGCCAUCCACGUCCACACAGGCUCUCAAAGAUCGCCGGAACAACUUCUUGCGUCGCACCAAAGCGACCGCUCCACCAGACACCACAGACACAGAAACUGAGACCACAGACAAUGUAGAGACCACCACGAGCAUAAGCAAGUUCACCAGGCGCGGCGGUUCCAAAUUCAAGAGCCGAAAGGAAACCGAAAAGGCGCGAAUUGAGAAACCGGCGAAGAGUAACCGGACCGACGAGCGGCGACCGACCGCUUCGAGGACCAGUGAGCGACCGACGCGAACGUUCGUGCGGAGAAGGCCUGGUGGGGCGAACUCGUCAACCACCACACCAUUGCCUUCUUCAUCUUCCACCUCUGCCGGGUUGACGCGCCGCCCCUUCCGCGUGGCCAGUCGCCGAAGACCAGCCUCUAGUACCACCACCACCACCACCACUACUGAAGCCACCACCAGCACCGACUCCACAGCGGGCCUGGGUAGCGAGGAGUCGCUGCAGGAGAUUGAGGAUACAGACAUCAUUGAAGACCCAACCCUCGAGCCUCGCCCGGCCACCCAAAAGAAGACCUUCAAAGUCCAGCGGCGUCCUCUAGUCAACCUUAAAGACACCGCCAGCGACCAGAACCCCUCAGCCACCAAUGAGGACGAGACCAAACGCCAGAGCAAGAAGUACAGCGCCAGCUUCAAACAGAACCAGCUGGACGAGAAGUUGAGGCAGCUUGCUAAGAGCCAGGAGAGUGGAGAGACUACGGAAGGAAAGGGAACUACUAUUGAUGCAUUCAACGCAGAAACUGCAGUAGCUAUCGCAGCGCACCAGCUCCUCGCGGCGCCUAUCCCAAGCAUCCCAGUCUUCGAAGAGGACACCAACCCCACGAAGAAAUCGCCCAUCACCACAACCCAGCAAUACUACACCAGCUCGGAAACUGAGCCGUACACUGUCAGCAGAAAGACGGAAACAGAACCAUACACUGGAGGCAGAAAGACAGAAACUGAACCGUAUACUGACAGCAGAAAGACGGUCUACUUCGACGAGUAUACCAGCACCCCAAUUUACCAAACGCCCGCGUCUACUCAAGACUACAUAGCUACUGGGCAGGUCUUCACUGGUCUCUCAGAAAACUUUGACGUCCCAAGAGUUCCGCCAACUACCACUUACAUUCCAAAAUCCACCUUCAGGUCCAGUACUUUCCCUGUCAAAGAUGUAAGCCCUUCUGCUGUCCCUACACCGACAAUCAUCAACCCUGGCCUGACAGGUGUGUCUCCAACGAACUCCUUAAGACGUGUGCCUCCAACUAAUCCUGGACUAUCAAGUCUACCACCUCCUAUAGUCUCAUCGUCACCCAGAUUUGCAUCAACCACUCGAGGGUCUUCAACUCCUAGAUAUGUAUCGUCCAGUGAGAAGUUGAUCCCUGUUCCUGUAGAAGACUACGCUUUCUCGACGGGAGAAUACACUGGAGUGAGCCAGGAGCCAGCUUAUUUCACAAGGGAAUACUUACUGGAGUCCCCCGUUACCAAGACCUAUGAUGACGAAUACCAAUACCUGUCACCUGUCACGACCCCACAAACGUCCACGCGCAAAGUCCUCCGCAAGAAGCUUCAAAGGAAGAUCUCCACCACCAUCAGGCCCACCACGCCAACUUAUGAAGCCCCGGUGACGACCCCCAAGCCUGCGGUCCGAAGGGGGCAGGUCAGGGCAAAGCCCUUCGAGAAAAUCAAGCCAGCAGAGCCUAAGAGGACCUACAGGCCGAUAGAGAAUUAUGACUACUAUGAUGACGGGGAAGAGAAGGUGGCGGAGAAGUAUAUCGAAGGAGCUAAAGUGGUUCUGCAUGGAAAAGGUACAAUCGAAUGCCUAGACAUCGGCAACUUCCCGCACCCGACGUCCUGCAAGAAGUUCAUCUCGUGUUCCCGGCAGGAGACGGGCAACCUUAUCGGCUGGGCGUACAUCUGCCCUAAGGGACUCAGCUUCGACCCCGUGGGGGGCAUUUGUAACUGGUCGGCGGGGCUUGGCUGCGACGAGAAGGACGUUUAAGUGAUCCUCUUUAAAGCCGCCUUAAAAAUAGAUGCGGGCGCAGCUACACUUCUAGAAAUUGUAAGAAAAAUGGUGGUGUAGCAAGCGCGUCGUUAGUGACACCACUAUACCGCUCCUUGCGCCUCUAAUUUGAAGGCGCCUUAACAGUUUUGAUUUGAGCCAGUUAAUUGACAUUUUGAAUCCAUAGACAACCGAUUUCAUAAAAUAACCAGCCAAAGGUAAAAAAAUCGUUGACUUCUGAGGAGGGCAGUUGAACGGAAAGCAUGGUCAUUCACGGUUUUCAAUACAUUGAAAUCGAACGUACAUCGAGUGUCAAGCGACUUAUCGCGUGGACAACUUGCUUUAGACCCGAUGGCGUAUUCAAGUCAAGCUCAGUAACUUCAUCUCUACAGAAUCCGCAUAGACUUGUCGACAUAGAAAUGUCAUUUAAGUGGCUCUUAUUGGAUUUAUUUAUAUUUAUGUAGCUGGCACGGAUAGUUUCCAAGUAUAGAAAGUGUAACUUAUGGGGCUACUGGCGAAUGAGGUCCUCUUGCUCGCCAAUGCAUUGCAAUGGCGACAACUGAUGAGCG